GAGCGAGUGUUAUUUCCACGGACCCCUGAGGAUCAUACUCGGAAGAAUGCCACUGCGGCCGAACUCGAACCUGAAGAUGCGCCCUGACGAGUCGGAGGUGGAGUGGGUGGAGAGAAUACGGACUUGGUACAAGGCCAUGUGGAAGAGUGAGAAAGAAAUCGACGAUAGACGUAGGAGAGAGUUGAAAGCUGUGACACAGAGUAUUGGUGACUACUUCAGAAGAGCGAAGAGACUAGGCGUGUCUUGGGUGCCGAUGGCGGCGGAGUUGGGCCUGACUCCCGUAGACGUCGCCGUCAUCAAGACAGACUCCAGAGACAUACAUGAACAGAUCGAGAGAGUGAUCUACCAGUGGCGUUACUACAUGGUCAUGGACGGCUUCAGCAUGAACAUCACGGUAGACUCCCUCAUCGACUUCCUCGAGGAGUCCUUGGUUUUCUACGACCUUCUGGACUAUCUCAACAAGACGGCUUUCAAGACGAUCGGGAAGACGUGGGUACCGAAGUACGAGGUCCCGCCGCGCAGACAGUCGCAGGACGUCAUAAACGUGGCCGCCGUGGGAGCGACAUACAGAUCCGGCAGUACGGCCAGCGUGGACUCUACUGCCUCGACCGACAGCGACCUCGAGGCUGACAUCUAGAGAGUGAACUGAUGAUGCAC